AUGGAUGUAAUUUUGGACACCAUGAUUUUUUGCGGAAAAAUUUUAUAUUAUUUUUUAGAAACCACAGUUUACAAGAUAAUUCCCAAGAAGAAAAAAGAUGUUGCUGGAGAGAUUGUACUUAUAACAGGAGCUGGAAGUGGAAUUGGGAGGCUAAUGGCCAUAAAAUUUGCCAGCCUUGGAGCCAUUUUAGUUAUAUGGGACAUUAAUGAAGAAGGCAAUAUGGAAACAUGUAGACUGGCCAAAGAAAAGGGUGGUGAGAAAGUAUUUCCCUAUAAGUGUGACUGCAGCAACAGGGAAGAGGUCUACAGAGUUGCUGAUCAGGUUAAAGAAGAAGUUGGUGAUGUAACCAUCCUCAUUAACAAUGCUGGAGUCGUGACAGGGAAACUGUUUCUCAACACUCCAGAUGAAAUGGUGGAAAGAUCAUUUCUUGUAAAUGCCUUAUCUCAUUUCUGGACAUGUAAGGCCUUCCUUCCUGCCAUGGUUAAAGCUGACCAUGGUCACUUGGUCUGUAUUUCAAGUGCAGCAGGAUUAGUUGGCAUUAAUAGACUAACAGAUUAUUGUUCAAGCAAAUUUGCAGCUUUUGGCCUUGCAGAGUCUCUCUACUAUGAAUUAAAACUAAUAAUCAAAAGUAAAGUUAAAACCACCAUUGUUUGCCCAUAUUUCAUCAAAACUGGAAUGUUUGAUGGUGUUACAGCCAAGUAAGUGAUCCCUUAAAGUAAUCUUUGCUCUU